GGGUCAGGGCAGGUCGCACUGCAGCCUUCACUAGAGAACCCAUCCCAGGCACAGGCUAUGUUUAGCGGCUCAUGAGAUUGCUACAGGAGCCUGUGGUAAUCCAGGUCAGCGGGGGUCACAACCUCUCUGAAGUGUGCCGGCCCUUCUUGCUGACAGGCCAGGUCCGGAACCAAUGGGACAAGGUUUUAACUGGAGCAGGCAGAUGUGAUCGGCGUGUCCACCAUGUGAGCGUCCUCGUGGUUAAGUAGAUAAAGACUUUGGAAACAGGAGCACAUGUAGGGACGGUAAGAAUGACAGCAUCACAGGCGGCAGGUGAUUAUCGCUCUCUGGUUGUGUAUCUAACAUCUGUGUUGUGCAAUAGACAGAGGACAAUUAUGGAUAUGUGGUCUUCAUCUGCUGCACUUUAAAUAUAAGUCCAAACACUUAAGGAACUAUAGUUCACAGGAAGCUUCCUAUCUACGCUAUUAUCCCCAGGGGAGGAAAGCAUCCAAGUUCAUUAACUCAAGUACUGCACUUGAAUACAUUUUGAAGGUACUUUACAUAUUUGAAUUUGUGUUAAUUCAUACUACCGCCCCGUUACAUGUCAGAGGGAAAUAUUUAUACGAGGUAAUAUUAUAGAUAAAACUACCUAACAGUUUACUGUAUUAUGCUGAUAAAGUAAGCUUCACCUCAAUAAGUUAUCAGUUAUUUCUUAAAUAUGAAUUUGUCAAUAUUUGCCAAAUAAAUAUUCGCACAACUUCAUUAAUCUUUCCUUAAACUUUAAACAUAAUUUAAGUACAGUAUGUGGUUAAUACUUACAUGCUUUUACUUUUAAUGGAUUUUACUGCUAUUUUUACUUUACAGAAGUAAAGUAGCUGUAGUGUUUUAGCAGUGUGUAUAAUGUGUAUAAUAUAAUGUGUAUAAUAUAUUAUUAUACAUUAUAUUAUUGAUGCAUUCAUGUGAACUGUAAGCAGACUUGUAUUGUUAUAGUUGGUGGAUGUUGUGCCAGUUUUAACCAAUCUAAAAUGAGUAACUAGUAACUAUAGCUGUUACAUGGACUGAAAAAGAGGUAAAAGUUUGAACACUACAUCAAAGUUGUACUGAUUUACAGAAGUCAAUUAAUUGUAAUUUUACACACCACUGUUGGCCACAAGAUUCAUUUUUUACCAGGCUUCCAAUCCACACAGUGAUCCCUAACAAGAUACCUUGUAUGUAUAUAUUGCAUGACCCUAACUUUAACACAAGGUGGGGUUGUUUCCUCAGAUUCUAACUUCACUGAGCUGACACAGGAAGGAGACAAGACACUGUAACUGAAAACAGCUGAACGAACCACGGUUUUAGAGAAGUUCAUGAAAACGCAGCUUCCUUUGUGGCAUUGUGUUGAUGUGUUUUUCCGAAAUGGAGGAACAAGAAGAAACAUUAAGUAUAAACUGCGUGUUUUAAUGCAAUGAGGAUCCACCUGUCGACACCGAACUACCAUACAAAUGAAAAGAUUUGGAGAUUGUCUUCAGGGAAGAGAGAGGCCGGCAGACCGAACAAGUCAUGUUCUGAGUCGAUGCAUCAUCAGCAUCAUGGGUCCCACCGUGCGCCCCUGCUCUCUGUGUUACCAAAUGAUGGUGUCGAGAGGUCAGGAUUCCCCUCUGUCGUCCGGGGACUCUUCACCAGUUCCACUCUGAGCUGGCGUGUUUCGCUGUCAGUGAGUUGGACAUGAACAAAAGCAUGAUUUCGAACCACAAUGUCACCUGCAAUGACACUCUCACCGUGAACGGGAACGGCAAGCCGGCCACGAGCAUCAUCAUGUUCCUGGCCGGCGUGGUGGGGAACCUCCUGGCCCUCUUCAUCCUCGGGGUGCACCAGAAGGAGCACCGCUCCAGAUCCUCGGUCUUCUGCAUCCUGGUGACUGGCCUGGUGCUCACCGACCUGCUGGGCACCUGCCUCCUCAGCCCGCCGGUGUUCAUCUGCUACGCCCGCAACAUGUCGCUGAUAAGCCUGGGCGGCAAAAGCCUGUGCGACCUCUUUGGCUACGCCAUGAGUUUCUUCGGCCUGGCGCCCACGCUCAUCCUGUGCGCCAUGGCCGUGGAGCGCUGCCUGGCCAUCAGCCACCCUUACUUUUACUCGGUGCACAUCCGUCCUAGCCUCGCCAAAUCAACCCUUGUCUUUGUUUACCUCUUUUCCUUGGCCUUCUGCCUCCUGCCAUACAGCGGCUAUGGUAAAUUCAGACAGUAUUGUCCCGGGACAUGGUGCUUCAUUGACAUGGACGCGACAGGGGAUGAUCAGGCCAACUUGUUGCUGGCCUUCUCUCUGUCCUACUCGUCCCUCAUGGCCCUGCUGAUCUUCGCAGUGUUUGUGUGCAACGGCUCCGUGAUCGUCAGCCUGUGCCAGAUGCACCGCAGCCACAAGGUGCGGCGCGGCUCGCUCGGGUCAACGGCGAGAAGGAAGAGGCUGAGCCUGGCCUGGUUCGGACAGGGCGAGGAGGAGAUGGACCACCUGGUGCUGCUGGCGCUCAUCACUGUCAUCUUUGUGGUCUGCUCCCUCCCUCUCACUAUUGCGGGCUUCAUCAACGCCAUUCACCCCUUUUCUGGCGACACGGAGAACCUGACGGCCUUCCGCUUCUAUGCCCUCAACCCCAUCGUGGAUCCAUGGGUCUUCAUCAUCUGCCGCAAGUCCGUGUUUCGCCACCUUUGCUCUCUGCUCAGCUGCUGCUUCAGCAAAGGAGCUGUGAAGACAACAGCACACUGUGCUCUGUCUUUACCCCUUGACAAUCACAUACAGCACAACCCCCCGGAUGUGACGGUGUCGCAGUCUGCGUACUCCAGUUUACCUCUGUGACGGAUGACCUUGGCUGGGGAGACUUUCGUAUUCGAAAAAAACAUUGGGGUAAAUUUCUGAAAUGAGACCUAAACAUUUUCACGAAGAAGUACUGGCUAUUAUAGUUUCUACAUGAACUUGUGUUGGAAAAUAUUUUUUUGCACUAGGUCUUGAAUAUUCCUCUGACUGAUGGAAACGGCUUUCGGGUCGUAGUUGUUCCAGAAAAAAAGAGCACAGUAACUUAUCACCAAGGAACACAUCAAACCACCAAAUCAUGCCUAUGAAUAAUAUACUGUAAAAUCAAAAUAUGCACGCGGGUAAAGCUAUAUGGGUAAACAAUCUGCAUGUAUACUGUCUUCUUUUUUCUCUUAAUCAAUCGUCCUUUUCUUUCGGACACACGGCAUAUGAAACUGCUGACAUGCGACAUAAACCUGCAGCUUUUCAUUUCAACACCUGACGACCAGAAUUGUAAUGUGAGCAUGAUCCAAAAUAGGGACAGAUAUUUUAUUUACGUGAGGACAAGUUAUCACUCUCCUGCAAAUGCCUAACCACUGAUAUUCUUGUGUUCAACAAAAAAAAGGUAUAUACUGUAUUAAACCACUAGCAGCCAUUUGCAUGUAAGACUCAAAGGCUGCAGUAAUACUAGAGGUCCGUCUAAGGUUUCACUUUGGCACAGCUUUGUGCUUUGAGUUCAGUGCUAAUGUGAUUAGCAUGUUAAUAUAACAUAGGCUACUGAUGUUUGGCAUGCACAUAAUCUUUAGUGUGUUUGCAUGCUUACAUUUGAUGAUCCGCACUUAACACAGCCAGCUGAGGCUGAUGGGAAUGUUGGUCCUUUUAGGUGUAGUCAUGCAUUAGGAUACAUCCGACCAAAUGACGGUGCUAAACGAAUAUUUCAGGGCAUAAUUCACAGAUCACUGUGCUAAAUUUCAUGGCAACCCAUGUCGAAACAUUCCACUUGAACCCAAAAAUGUCCACCUCGUGGCUGCAUCAGAUGAAAAGUCAGGGAAUCACAGAGAGUCAGUUGUAAGCUUCAUCCUCUCUGGAACAUGAAUGUCUGUCAGUCUUGACCAACAAUGGAUAAACUGCGUUGCCAUCUAUAAAGGGACACCACUAGUGUAUCUAAAAAGUGUUGUUGUUUUUUUCUAAAAUGCAAAUCUUAGACCAUAGAGUUAAAUCUGGAUUCCAGCUGUGCUGAAAAUGUGUGUGUGAGAGGACUUUGGUCAAUCAGCAGGCACCCGUCGGAAAAACUGAGCUGGUUGGUCUUUGCUGAAUCCAGAUGGUCACUGCCUAUCAGCGUAAAUCUUUUACAGCCAGCAUUUCCACCUGCAACACAGACUGAUGUGACUAUAACCACUUUCGUGAAUAUGUAGCGAGUGACAGAUUAGAAACCUUUCAUUUUGGGUCGUUGUGGCCAGUUCAUACACACUAAACAACCUUUAGUAAAAAAAAAUGAUAAAAGCACUCUACUAGGCCAAAAAGGCAGUACAUUUUAAAGGUAAAAAUAGUUUGUUUUAAUUUAGGCUAAAUUUAAAGUUUCAGUCUAUGAAGUUUGGCGCUGCAUCUUUUGAAAUUUAGAGAGUUGAGUUAAAAGGCCUUUUAAGUCUUAAACCAUACAUAUCUGUUCCUGUCCACCCCCUCUUAUCAUUGUAUUGCAUGCACAUUGGAGUCCACUGAUUUCUAAGCUACCUAUGAUGAUGGUCUGUGAAUUUUCUUCUAAUAGCCUCUUGCUUUUGAAGAAAACUGCUGCUGCAAAAUGCACUGUGAGAAUGAAUCUUUUGUUGUCGUUGUUAGUGUUGUUGUGAUUAAUGCUGUAACCGCAUUUAAAUAUAAUAUAUUUAUGCCUUGA